GGGAAAAAAUAUGUCCGCUGUUCUGUUGCUGUUCAUGUUCAGUCAGUACGUAGAAGAAAUACAUUUUCAUCAACACAGAAAACUUCAAACAAUAAAUAAAACCAAUAAUUCAUAACGAAUUAAUUUGAUAAUUAUUCAAAACGUGUUGCGAAACAAUUAUUAAUUCAGUGGAAAUGAAAUUCAAUUGAAAGCAACACAAUUAAAGGUGAUUUUCUUGAUUUUUCCUUAUGAUGUACCUGAAAAAAAAUGUAAUGACUAAAUUAUUAUGUAUAACUUGCUGUUUCUCUGCACUCACACCUCGGAAGCCAUCGCCAUUUCCUUAUACGAGAAAAAUAUGAAAAUUUUAAGAAUACCUUCAUUACCGCAUUGAAAAUUAUCACAACAAAUAUUUCUCAAGAAAAAUCUUAUUUAUACGUUAAAUUGACAUUCAACGCAUGAAUAAUUAAACAUUAAAGAAAGCUACGAACAAUUAUUCCCAGAUUAGAAAUUCGACAAGAAAAAACAUUUGGCAAGAAAAAUUGCAAUCAAAUUGCAUUUAUUCCUUCCACGCGUGAUGCUGUUUCGCAUAUUUUUUAUUUUGCAUUAAAAAAAUUGUAGACAAAAAAGAGUAUAACUUCAAAUAAUUCCACUGUUAAGAGCCAUGGACCCGCCACGGUACACAACUUCACCCUCACUAAGGGUUAGAACAAAAUCUUUAAACCAGCUUAAGAAAUGUACCGAAGUUGCCGCUGAAAGUGAGUUGCAUUUAUGUCCAAGUGUUAUGUCAGAAGAUACAAGAAAAAUGCUCCCACCUACUUCGGAAACUGUUAUGACCAAGCCGUUUCCUAUUCGCGGGGAACGAGCAAUAACUGAUGUCUCAGCACCCCAUGUUAUAGCUAUGGUUGGUCUUCCAGCUCGCGGAAAAACUUUCAUUUCAAAAAAGCUGACACGGUACCUUAAUUGGAUUGGGAUUGGCACAAGAGUAUUCAAUUUGGGUGAAUACAGACGACAUGCAACAUCUGCAUACAAGAGUCACGAGUUCUUUAGACCAGAUAACGAAGAAGCUAUGGCCAUUCGCAAUCGUUGUGCUACUCAGGCACUCGCCGAUGUUUGUCGAUGGUUGCAUAGCGGUCAAGGAAGUGUGGCGGUGUUUGAUGCAACCAACUCUACUAUUGACAGGAGAAAGCUUAUAUACGACAUUGUUGUUAGAGAAAACAACUUUAAAUUAUUCUUUGUUGAAUCCAUAUGUGAUGAUCCGCAAAUUAUAGAGCAAAAUAUUAAGGAAGUGAAAGUUAGCAGUCCGGAUUAUGCAAAUAUGAACACCGAUUUAGUCGUUCGAGAUUUUUUGCAAAGAAUAGAACAUUACGAAGAGAGAUAUCAACCUCUUAAUGAAAAUCAAGAGCCACAUUUGUCGUUCAUGAAAAUAUUUAACACAGGCAAAACUGUAGUUGUCUAUAAUAAUGAAGGACAUGUGCAAUCUCGAAUUGUAUACUAUUUGAUGAAUAUCCAUAUUACGCCACGCACGAUCUAUUUAACACGCCAUGGUGAGAGCGAACAUAAUUUGAAAGGUCUGAUUGGUGGUGACUCUGAUUUAAGUGAUCGAGGUUGGAAAUAUGCAGACGCUUUAGCAGCCUACAUAGACCAACAAAGCAUAAGUGGGUUGCGAGUUUGGACUUCUUGGAUGAAACGUUCUGUUCAGACAGUUGCCCACCUCAAGGCACCGCAAGAACGUUGGAAGGCACUUAAUGAAAUUGAUGCUGGUAAUUGUGAAGAAAUGAGCUACGCUGAAAUUCAACAAAAAUUCCCUGAAGAAUUUAAAGCCCGUGAUCAGAAUAAAUUUGCCUAUAGGUAUCCAAGAGGAGAAAGCUACGAAGAUCUAGUUGCACGAUUGGAGCCUGUUAUUAUGGAACUGGAGCGACAAGGAAAUGUACUCGUUGUUUCUCAUCAAGCUGUUUUGCGGUGCUUGUUUGCCUACUUUUUGGAUAAGUCGGCCGAUGAACUACCAUAUUUGUAUGUUCCACUACAUACAAUCAUUAAAUUGACCCCGGUGGCCUAUGGUUGUAAAGUGGAACAUAUAAAACUACCAAUAGAUGCGGUGAAUACACAUCGGCCGAAACCAACAUCACCCGGUGAAGUGGGAAAACUUGAAGCUGAUCACAUAUAAGAAUACUAUCUGUUUGUGUUCUUAGCUCGUGGAACCAUAAAAGAACCUAUUUUAUAUCUUCACUUUAUAGGCUCCAAAAUUUAUUGAUUGCAUUUUAAAUUUAACUGUUUAUUCUUCUAUUUUGUAUUGCUUAAUGGAAAAUCAAAUCUAAAUGGAAGAAUACGCUUGCAU